UGUCAGUGAGAAAGACGAGGGAGAAAAGAGAAAGAGACUGUUCGAAUCAACAUUUAAAUUGAUUUCAUUUCUUUCUUUUUUUUCAUUUAUUAUUUCUGUCUAUCGUUUGCUCACAACAAAAAGUUGAUUCAAACAUCUUAAAAUCAAUCGCAACAAAUGGAGCUGAAAUAAAAACAAAAAAAAUCUAUUGAAAAUGGAAAUGUGCAUCAAUGCAAGUGUCAACGGCUGAGAGAUGGUGUGAGGCAUCAUGAUACACCAACAAACAGCACCAACCGAUAAAAUCAAUCAACCUACACUGAAAGAGCGACAAUUUUGACAUUUGAUUUUUUGUAAUUGGCAAAAAAAAAAACAUUUCGAGACUAGUAGACAGAUUUAUUGUAUAUGGAAUUUAAUUCGCUUGUAAAUCGCUUUACAACGUGGUACAACGACCGCGCUUGCACGCGAAAACAACAACUAAUCAUUUUUAUAAAAUGAACAUUGUGGCACGGACAAAUUCUGACGAAAAAAAGCAAAAAUCUAUAGAUUCGAAAUAUAUUUUUUAAACAACAUUGAAAAAAGAGAAAUUCCUAUAAAUAUGAAUGAAAACGAGCUGUUGUUGCGCGCGAAAGAAGAACGUGACGAGAUAUUUGACCGAUAUGACAAAGGACGCGACAGUAGUAAUUACAUUAACUCAUGGGAAGAUACAAAAUUUGAGGUCUACCAUCGGGCCGAUCGAUAUGGAUUCAUUCAGAAUGAUCGAAAUGCCAACGACAUUAAUAAUAGUGUAAAUAAUAAUCAGUAUGAACGAACCAUUGAACUGUCAUUGAUACGUGAAAAGAAAUGGCUAAGCAUGUUAUCACGAUGGAAUAAAACAAGUACACAAGAAAAAUUAAAGCGACGCAUUUACAAAGGUAUUCCGAACAAACUACGACCAGAAGCGUGGAAACGUUUAUUAAACAUUAAAGAUAUGAUUUCAAAAAAUGAGGGCGUUUACCAACAAAUGUUGAAGUUGGCGCGAACAUUCAGUACCGAAACACGACAAAUUGAUUUUGAUGUGAAUCGACAAUUUCGUGAACAUGUUUACUAUUGUGAACGGUAUAGUACGAAACAGAAAAGUCUAUUCAACGUUCUUAUCGCGUACAGUAUGUACAAUAUGGAGCUCGGCUAUUGUCAGGGUAUGGCCGGUGUUGCUGGCAUUCUACUCAUGUAUAUGGAUGAAGAAGAAGCAUUUUGGGCACUAAGCAUUUUUAUGUGCGAUCCAAAGUAUGCAAUGCACGGUCUAUUCAUUGUUGGUUUCCCAAAACUACAACGAUUUCUCAGCCAUCAUGAUAAAAUUUUGGCCAAAUUUCUACCCAAACUACACAAACACUUUACAAAACAUUCACUCGACGCCAUCCUCUACUCAAUCAAAUGGUUCUUUGUGAUAUUCGUGGAACGGAUUCCAUUUAGCUUGUGUCUACGCAUUUGGGAUAUCUAUAUGAUAGAAGGUGAACGCGUUGUUACUGCCAUGGCUUACACUAUUUUACACUUGCAUCGAAAGAAAUUAAUGAAUAUGAAAGAUAUGGAUGAAAUGACGCAGUUUCUACAAAUUCAUUUACACAAAGACUUUGGAUACGAAGAUGAUUUUGUGAUAAAAGUAUUGAAUAAAUCGAUGGAACAUUUGCGAAAGUAUAAAAUGGAUUUGCCGCCACCGCCACAAGAAUGUGAACUUCCAAAAUAUGAAUUUGGACGUAUCAUUGAACCCGAAUUUGAUACAAAGGUUGGACGUCGAAAAACUAAAUUCACCGAAGUCGAACGAAAAACCACCGAAACCGUGAUUCUUAGACAAGAAGAAAAUGCACAGAGUGACAUGGUCUCAAAUUACUCGUACGAUAAUAACGCAGAACUGGCCGGUUCAAUAAAAACCUAUCGAAGUUUUAACAGUUUGGCCACAAGUUUGGCAACAUCGCUAGCCGUUAGUUCGCGUUCGAUGAACGGCAAUGACGAUGGCGAUGACAGUGAUAGUUCAACCGAAGUUACCCAUCUAUAAAUUAAUUAUAUACAUUAUAUCGCCUACACUUAAAUUAUAUUGAAUAUUUUCCUUUGGCCUAGAGACAUCCAUGUAUUACAUUCGCAAUUAGAUUUUUAGAAAAAUUUAUUGAACAACGAAUCUCUUAGAACUACAAUCGGAUUCUUAAAUCUCAUGUUGUGCUUUUAAAUUCAACGAAACUAUCAACUAUUGAUCAUUUUAAACACAAUCAAAAUAGUUUUCUGCUCAUUUUAAUUAACAUUUUAUACUUAAUCAUCAUGUUUUAGACAUUUAUUAAACACUAGGCAAACAAACUUAAGUUUUUAAGAUGAAUUCAUUUUUUUU